AUGAACAAGUUCCGCACUGAUUUUUUAUCUAUUCCCCACUCUUACUACAAUGAUACUUCCCUCCUCCUACAACACAAGUAUGUUUAUGAGUCUGAUUAUGAUACAACUUGUGUCUCUUUGAAUUUACUUUCUGGUGAGAGGUAUCAAAAUAGAGUCAAAUUAGACUUUCCAAAUCCAUUUAAAGAAGAGGAACCUCAAUUUCAAAUUUUGUAUUCGGGUAGUAUUACUGGAAUUUUCUGUCUUCAAUCCAUCAACUCAUCCGAAGAUAUUGUAUUGUGGAAUCCAACUACUAAUGAAUUCAAAGUGCUUCCUCACAGCUAUAUUUACUCUGUGCGGCCUUAUGGCACUUUCAUGCCAAUUUUUGGAUUUGGCUAUGACCCUGUUAAUGACGACUAUAAGAUUAUUAGGAAUGCACAUUAUCCAAGAGAAAUAGCCCGUUAUCCCGUAUGGGAGAUUUAUAGUCUACGACGUAACUUAUGGAGGAAAAUUGAUAUUGAUUUUCCUUAUUGCUUUUGGAACAAUGAUGGACUCUACAUGGAUGGAAUAUGUCACUGGCUUUACAAAUGCUUUGAUAAUGGUGAAUAUUACUUGGUGUCAUUUUAUUUGAGCAAUGAGGUGUAUAUUACAACAUUCAUACCAUUAGACAUAAUUUUCGAAGACAAAGACAAAUAUGUGGUGGCUAGAAGGUUGUUGAUGCUAAAUGGGUCUGUUGCUUGUUUUACUGGGUACGAGUACGCUGAUAAAACUACAUUUCACAUAUCAUUUUUAGGAGAAAUCGGGGUGAAAGAAUCUUGGACUAAACUUUUUGUUAUUGAACUUGGUCCCAAAAUUUUUCCUAUUGGCGUGGGAAUGAAUGGCGAUAUAUUCUUCGAAAACUUAGAUGAAGAACUAGUCUACUUUAAUUUAUGUACACAAAUGAAAGUGAAGCUUGGUUGUGUUGAAAGAAUGUCAGAUUCUACUGAAGUAAUUAUUUAUAAGAAAAACCUUCAUUCGUUUGAAAAUUAA